AUGGCUGAGUUUGAGAAAAAAGCUCGUGAUUUUUAUGCGCAUCCGUUUGAUCCUCUGAUGAAAAUGGAGUUUCUCCACAUGAUGAUACUUGAUGGUUGCUUCCUAGUACAAAUAUUUAGGAAGUUUGUGAAUAAGGAACAGAGGGACAUUAAUGACCCUUUAUUCAACAUGGAUUGCAUGUUCCAGUACAUAUGCCAUGACCUUUUGCUCUUAGAAAAUCAGAUUCCUUGGUUUGUCCUCCAGUCCAUGUAUGAGCUCACCGUGAAGUAUUACCAGAACCAUGAGCGCUGCCUCUCGGAACUCAUCCUCACCGCGCUCAGCUCACAACCACAACUGUCCCAUAACUGCCGGUGGUAUCUGGAUCAUCUAAGAGGAAAUAGUUACAAAGAGGACGAAAGUGUGCUCCACAUUCUCGAUCUCAUAAGAACUUCCAUAGUUUUCUCAUUCACCGAACGCUAUGAGAAACCUCCCUUCGAUGCAAAGAUACAACUGAUAGCUUCAGCAACUGCUCUUUCUGAGGCCGGCAUUAGAUUCAAAAUGAGCUCCGAUGAAUGUAAAAGCAUAAUGAACAUCGAAUGCGAGAAUGGGGAACCUGAUCGCCUUGGAGCAAUGCUGUGUUAUGGUCGUUCGCAUAAAAUCACAUCUUAUGCCGUUCUGAUGGAUAACCUCCUCGGCUCUAGCAACGAUAUAAAAUUUCUCUGCGACAAGGAAAUUAUAGGUAACUGGCUGAGCGCUGAAACUGGUUCUGAGUUCUUCAGCAAGCUUUACUGCGACACGGUGCUUACUUAUUUCUACUAUGGUGGACUCUGUACUCGAGUGAAGGAAUACCAAACUGCAUUGAGGAGGUGGCGAGAAAUAUUCAAGCGUAACUAUUGGUCAGAUCCAUGGAAAGCCACCUCCUGGACUGUAGCAAGUAUCCUUCUGAUUCUCACCUUAGUGCAGACUGCAUACACCAUUAAGCAAUACUAUUCUCCUCAGGGAUGA